AUGGAGGAGAGUGCCGGAGAUAUCGAAAACAGACCCAUAACAACAUUCAAGCCAGUAAUAUCUGUCCCCAUGCCUGUUUUACCACAAGACGGAGAGGUUUUCGUAGGACCAGGGGGUAAGAAAGAUGCGCAAAAAAUCGGAUUAGGCCUUUCAAAGUUAAGUUCUAAAAGGAAAGACGAUAUUCAGAUGGCUAGGAAGUAUGCGAUGGACAUUUCUAUUAAACAGAUUCUUCUCCGUCAACAGAAACAGCAACAAGAAAAUCAACAAAAGCAGCAAAUGUAUGCUCAAGCCCUCUCCAUCAUGUCGAGAAUUUAUGUUGGUUCCAUUUCGUUCGAGAUAAGAGAAGACAUGCUUCGCAAAGCUUUCGACCCGUUCGGUCCCAUUAAAUCUAUCAACAUGAGUUGGGAUCCUGCAACCGGGCAUCACAAAACAUUCGCUUUCGUAGAGUAUGAGAUUCCAGAAGCCGCGCUACUCGCUCAAGAGUCAAUGAACGGUCAAAUGCUUGGCGGAAGGAAUCUGAAAGUCAAUUCAAUGAUGUUCCAGGAAAUGAGACUUCCACAAAAUAUGCCUCAAGCUCAACCUAUUAUUGAUAUGGUUCAAAAAGAUGCCAAGAAAUAUUUCAGAGUCUACGUAGCAUCGGUUCACCCAGAUUUGUCGGAGUCUGAACUUGGCGGAGUCUUUGAAGCGUUUGGUCAAAUCAUAAAAUGUCAGCUGGCUCGUACUCCAACCGGGCGAGGUCACCGUGGCUUUGGGUACAUUGAAUUCAACAAUGUAAAUUCUCAAAAUGAAGCGAUUGCUGGUAUGAAUAUGUUCGAUUUAGGAGGACAGUAUUUAAGAGUUGGAAAAUGCGUUACACCCCCGGAUGCCCUCUCAUAUCUUCAACCAGCAGCAGUUAGCGCCAUACCAGCCAGCGUUUCUGUUGCAUGUGCUGCCAUCACAGCAAAAGUUAUGGCUGCUGAAGCCGCCGCAGCCGGUUCUUCACCGAAACCUUCAUCUGAAACUGGUUCGCGAGCCGCCAGUCCUGCUCCUCCUUUGAUACAAUCACCAGCCACUCCAACAUCAUCUCUUCCGUCAGAUAUUGAGACAAAAGCUGUCCUGCGUUCACCAAACAAAGUAGAGAUAGAAAACUUCUCUGACGAUGUCCCUCUGCUACCUACGUCUUCUGUGGAUGCAGUGAAAGAUGAGCCGAUGGAGAUUGAUGAAGAUGACGAAAAGCCGGAAGUAAAAUCCAAGCCCUUCUAUUCUCUAGCUGUACCGGCUCCUGGUCUUGCUCUUCCGAAUAUUGUUUCCACACCUGGACUUGUUGCCCCUCUUGGAAUAGGAGUAGUCGUUCCAACACCGUCUUUCAUCACGCCAAAGGAAGAAUCAAAUGUUCCUGUUGAAAAUGAAGAUACUUUAGUUGGUAACAACGCAGCGACCGGUCGAGUGAAACUAUCUACAUCUCAAAGAAAAAAGAUGAAAAGAGACAAGCUGAAUCAAAUGACGUUUGAAGAAAAGAUGUCUCAAGUUUUGAGCCAACAGAAAGCCGUUCAGAAUCAAAGAAUGGAAGACCCUGUAACCUUUGGAGCGUUAGAUGACAACGUCGCUUGGAAAGAUCCGUCAAACGAAGAGCAAACAACAGAAGACGGGAAAAUGUUAGCUAUCAUGGGCCCUGGUAGAGGUGGAGAUAAUGUGGCAAGCAUGGCACUUGCUUUGAUGGAUGGUGGAUCAUCAUUGAUGUUGGUGAAUAGCGCAAAAGCAAAAGAAGCAGCAGCGGCUUUAAAUCUUGAACCAAAGAAGAAAAAGAAGGUUAAGGAAGGAAAGAAGAUUCAGCCAAAGCUUAACAGUGCUCAAGCAUUAGCAGCAGCAGCAAAAGCUGGUGAAAUGUCGGAUGCACUCAAAAACGAAGUUAUGAAUAGCGAAGAUGCAUCCCUCGCAUCGCAAGAGGGUCUAGAAAUUCGUGGAAACGACGCUCGACACUUGUUAAUGACAAAAUUGAUGCGUACCAAUCGUUCUAGUGUUAUUGUUCUUCGAAAUAUGGUUACACCCGAUGAUAUUGAUGAGUACCUAGAGGAAGAAAUUCGUGAAGAGUGUGGAAAAUAUGGAUCAGUUCAAGAUGUUGUUAUCGCAAACUUUGCCUCCAGUGGUCUCGUAAAGAUCUUUGUUAAAUAUGCUGAUUCACUACAAGUGGAUCGGGCCAAGGCUGCUCUGGAUGGUCGAUUCUUCGGAGGAAACACUGUCAAAGCAGAAGCAUAUGAUCAGAUUCUGUUUGAUCAUGCUGACUACACAGGAUAA